AUGGGGGCCCCCAGGCGCUGCCUCGAGGGCGCGGAAGCUGCAGCAGCAGACAAAAGGCCAAGAACAGCAGCAGCAGCAGCAGCAGCAACAGCAGCAGCAGCAGCAGAAGCAGCUGCAGCACACACAGACGCACUGCGCCCGGUAGCAGCAGCAGCAUCCGUUGUGUCAAGCGGAGAAGACACAGCAGCAACAGCAGCAGCAGCAGCAGCAGCAGCAACAGCAGCAGCAGCGAACGCAGCGCCUACCAUCCCUUCAGUUGCAGCAGCAGUCCUAUCAAACGCAGCAGCAACACCCAAAGCAGCAGCAGCAGCAGCAGCAGCAGAUUGCUGCAGCAGCCCCACAGCUGCAACGCCAUCUACAGCAGCAACUGCCACUCCUUGCUGCAGUCUCCUCCGCAGCAGCAGCAACUGCGACACAGACACAGAGGGCCCCUUCAGCCCCUCCCAGGCCCUUGCUGCUGCUGCUGCCCUCAGCAGCAGCAGCAGCAGCAGCAGCAGCAGCAGCAGCAGCAGCAGCAGCGAGGAUGCGGCGGCCGAAGCUGCUGCAGACAUGGGGUGGGCCCCGAGCUCGUGGCGGGGCCUGCCUGCUGCGCAGGACCCGUUCGGCGCUGCGAGUGCUGCUGCAGUGUCUGGGGUGUACAGACAGCUGCUGCUGCUGCCGCCACUUGUUGCAGCAGCAGAAGUUUCAUCACUUUUAUUACUUUUGCAAAAAGUGCAGCAAGGGGGGGCCUUUUUGCUGCAGGGGGGCCCCUGCGCGGAGUUGUUUUGCUGCUGCAGCGCAGCAGCAAUCAGCAGCACUGCUGCGCUGCUGCUGCAGCUCAAAGCCCUCCUGCAGCACCUGCUGCAGCAGCCAGUUGUUGCUGUCGGCAGAAUCGCGGGACAAUAUGCAAAACCCAGGAGCAGCAGCACAGAGGAGCACGAGGGGCGUCUGGUGCCUUCUUACAGAGGCGAUGCUGUCAAUACACUCCAACCCCAAGACAGAAAUCCAAACCCCAAGCGAAUGCUCGCCGAUGCUUCUGCUGCUGCAGCUGCUGCUGCUGCUGCUGCAGCUGCUGCUUCUGCUGCUGCUGGGGUGUACGUACAGCUGAAGCCACGGCCCCACACUCGCAGCUCUGGCAGCCACGAAGAGGCCUCAGCAGCAGCAGAAAAGGGCGCAGCAAGCAGCAGCAGCAGCAGCAGCAGCAACAGCAGCAGCAGCAGCAACAGCAGCAAUAGCAACAGCAGCAGCAGCAGCAGCAGCAGCAGCAGCGGCGAUGCAGCGCAGGGAGAAGAAGAGCUUGAGGAGACAGAGGAGCCACACCAAAUGAAAGAAGUAAAGAACAUAAAAUAA